GAGAUUGUAACAGGAAGUUUGGGCAACUUGUGGAAGAAUCUUGAAGGGGGAGGUAUUGUGUUGGGGGAGGGACAGAUCUGGUUUUGCUGUGAGAGAAAGAAACAUUGGGAUGGGGUUGUGCUUUUUGGGCUCUUAGAUCUACUCUUUCAAGGAAUUGCAGACUUUCUGGGGUUGUCUGCCAUGGGGGGUUCAACUGUCCUCAAGAUUGUGACCAAUAUGACUGACAUAGUAAGAUCUGCUCCCCAGGGCUGCAAUAAUGGGGCACUCAUGGAUCGCUUCAGUGUCCUUAUCCAAGGCGUGCUGGCAGUGGUGGCAUUCAGCACAUUAAUGUUAAAGCGUUUUAGGGAACCAAAAGAAGAAAGGCGUCCAUGGAAAAUUUGGUUUUAUGAUACUUCCAAACAAGCUAUCGGGGCUCUGUUUAUUCAUUUUACAAACGUCUUUCUCUCAGACUUGACUGAGGAGGACCCCUGCUCAUUAUACCUUAUGAAUUUUCUGCUUGAUGCUACACUCGGCAUGUUGGUCAUCUGGAUUUGUGUGAAAAUUGUUUCAGCGACUGUAGAAAGGCAACAGUACACACUACUAGUGUUUGGUGAAUAUGGGGAUCCUCCUCAAGCUGCUGCCUGGCUGGGACAGUGCUGUUUGUAUUUACUAAUAAUGAUCUUUGAGAAGACCAUAAUAACUCUUUUUUUGCUGAUCCCAGGAUGGACAAAGCUUCAGGCGAUUUUAUUGAACUACAUUCCAAACCCACAGCUGGAGCUUGUCCUUGUAAUGCUGGUGGUACCAUUUAUAGUCAAUGCUAUAAUGUUUUGGGUGGUUGACAGUUUAAUAAUGAGGAAGCACAAGAAAAUAAAAAGAGACAGUAAAAUAAAACCCACUUCAAACUCAAACAAAGCUACAUGUGGUGAUGAAUCACAGGUGUUGCUUGGUUCUGCAUCUGACCAUUACAGAUCUUAUGAGUAGCGAUCCUGUUAAACUGCAGAUGAAUUCUAAGAAUUGCUGAUGUCAUUGUUUAAGCUUCAGAAAAGAGACUGACCUGCUGCAGUUGAACUUGAGUGACUUUCUUAUGAAACUAAACAGCACAUAACAAUACUUUUGUUAUCUUGUGUUAUCUUUUCUUGGUGGUUUUGGAUAAAAGGGAUCUAUUUCUCACAGAUCUGUGUAAGUUACACGUAUGCACAUUAAACAGAGAGCAAACAAAGGA